UGUUCUGAGUUGUGACAGUUUUUUUCAGAAGCCACCAUGGAGAGUAAAAUUAACUGAGUUGAAGUGUUGUCCUUCACCCUCCAACGUGCUUUGUAAGCUUUUAACAGUGUAGAAAAGGCAAAGGAUUUGUCUAUGGGAAUCACAAACACAACAACACGUUAGUUCCGCUGUAUCUGUCAGUUCACCAGCGCUUGAAAGCCGCCGAUUCUUGAAUGUGGAGGCGGAGAUGCUGGAGAAGACAGCGCCCCACUCGCGACAAGGAGAGCCCGAUCACGUGUCCAUGUCCGUGAACUGAUUGGAUACAUCGCCAUGACGUUAUAGCACUGUGACCUCAUUCACUGGCUCUCAUUUUGGAAGGGAUUCAGUCGGCCAUCGCAGAUACACUAACAGCUUCGCACUGGGAAGCGGCCGUUCACCUGCUCCGUGUGUGUGAAGAGACUCAUUCAGUUAAUCCACCUUGUGAUGCUCCGGUGAGUUCGCAAUAAAUAGAGGCCACAUUUCUGUCCGGAGUGAGCAAAGAGUUUUACUCAAUCAUCCCAGCUGCUGCAACACCAGCAACUUCACAUCAGGGAGGAAGUUCAAAUCAGCUUCGUGUUAAAUGUUUAACCAUCACGGUGACUGAAGGCAGCUGCGGGUUCAUGAGGGACUGUUACUGUCAGAUUCUGCAGUUCUUGCGGCUGCUCAUCGCACCCAGGACUGAACCCUGGUCACUGAGCAUUGGAGGAGUCCGUUCUGCUGAUGUUAGCCUUAAACUAGACUGGUGUUUAAUAUUGUGGAGCUGUGAAAGAUAAAUCAGUUUGUAUCAAAUCCCGUGUCUCACUUGAGAGACCACUCGGCCCAGCUGGUCCCUGUCCAUUUUUCUGUUCCAUAUCAGUAUAUGAAAAUCUAUCCCUGCCGUUCCCCUCUCACCCUCCCUGAGAUGACAGAUUGCAACUAGUCACUACUCCGUGGGAUAGGAGAUUUCCCUUGAAUUUCACAGAAACAUAGAAAUCUACAACAUAUUACUGAUGCUUUGGCCCACAAUAUCGUACCGACCAUGUAACUUAGUCUCUUAACUGUCUAGAAUUACCCUACCGCAUAGCCACCUAUUUCCUAAGCUCCAUGUACCUAUCUAAGCGUCUCUUAAAAGAUCCUAUUUUAUCCGCCUCUACCGACGCUGGCGGUACAUUCCACACAGACAUCACUCUCUGUUUAAAAAAAAACUUGGCUCUGACGCCUCCCCUGUACCUACCUCCAAGCAGCUUAAACCUAUUCCCCCUCGUGUUAGCCGUUUAUGCCCUGGGGAAAAAGCCUCUGACUAUCUACACGACCAAUGCCUCUCAUCAUCUUAUACACCUGCAUGAAUUUCCUGCAUGAUUUUCUCCCGUCUGAACAAGACGAUGAGCUCACUGUGGUUGUGACGUUGUUCAGGGCUCCGGACGAAGAUGGUUAAACUCCUUCUUCCCCACUCUUUUCAAUGUUUUAGGUCAUUCUCACUAAUUUCAAAGGUCUUCGCUUCGAACUGCUGGGUUGUUACAAUGCACCUCUGAAGUCUGACAGCAGACUAGCGAGUGAAUGGAGCAGAGUCUGAAACCAAUUUGCCAGUCAGGGAUUUGGGGCUCCAGAAAGAGAUGGGGCCUGGAGUUUACAAGGAGGAGGAAGAAGACAAACCAAACCUGCAGGAUGUGGCUACAAAUGAAAGAUCAGACACAUUUGGAAACUGCUUGAUUGAAAAAAAAGUGGUCAAUUUCUGCAAAAUACUGGAGGAAAUCAACAUAUCAGGCAGAAAAUGUGGAGAGGAAUAAAUAGACAACGUUUAGGCCGAGCCCUUCAGCAUGCCUAGACUGUGGACUCCUCUGCUUAGUUGCUGCCUGAACUGCACAGUUCCUCCAGCAUUGUGGGUUUGUGUGUGUGUGUCUGUAUUUCUAGCAACUGCAGAAUCGUUUGUGUUUUAUAUCUUCAUUUGUAAGAGGGUUGUACUUCGGUAUUAGAUAAACAGAAUGCCUGUUGAUAUUGUUUUUGGGAGCCGCUUUCUACGUUAAAAGAGCUGCUGAGUUUUCUACACAGAAAAAACCCUGAGGUGUGGACAUAAAACCGGUGCUUGCAGGAACUUUUUAUGGCACCGUGAUUACCCAUAAAACAGUGCGUUUAAAAUUUCUCUGCCUCUGAACCACCAAUCAAAUGCGCAGGCGUCAAGGUUGUUGACGUAUUCAGAUCGCAUGCGCGCUGUAUACAAAAGGACUCAGCAGGAGCGUUCAAGGUAAGAAUGAAUCUACGGGCGGCUAUCUUAAACACCGAGUGUGGAACAAUUGCUCUGAUGCCGGACACCGUGACCCGCAAUCCCGGGACAGUCCUGCUGUCUUCCCCUUCUCUCAGCCCCACGAUCCGUACACAGGCCCUGGGAAGCUUCCGGCUGCUGAGGGAAUGGGAACCGAUGGAUCUCUCAAACAGAGCUGAGAUCCAGCUAUUUAAAUGCAAGGAUUAGGAACUCGGCGAAAGAGAACAAAAUCUUUUACAUCACCAGUUGAGAAAAUCUUCUUUGUUCUACCUCCAAUCACAAACAAGAGAAAACCCGUGGAGAGGGCACAGUUUUAAGGUGCUUGGAAGCAGGUACGAAGGAGAUGUCAGGGGUGUUGUGUUCUUUAUACGGACCGUGGGUUACUCAUAACAAACUAUAUUAGGGAAGAAUUGACCUUUUAUUUAACAGCAACAAAACCACGUUUUACACUGCCAUGCUUCUCGAUCAUUCUUCAUUUCUGCGCAUUCUCAGAACUCUGUCCAGUCACGUCCUGGCACGUGAUAUCACCACGAGGGCUGAGUUUCUUUACGCAGAGUGAUGAGUGUCUGGAAUGGGCUGCCGGCGACUGUGAUGAAGGCGGAUGCAAUCGUGUCUUUUAAGAGGCUUCUGGUACAUGGUGCGCAGAAAAAUAGAGGACUAUGGGAAACUCUAGGUAAUUUCAAAAGUAAGUAAUAUGUGGCACAGCAUUGUAGGCCGAAGGGCCUGUAUUGUAUUGUAUAAAUGGUGAAGUCACUUACCCAUGACCUCUGCUUGUCAGCCCACCCAACAUCAGUGGAAAAUGCUGCUUGCAAAUACCUCUAUCUAUACCCUUAUAAUUCUGUAUACUUCCAACAAAUCCUCAAAGCAGUGUACAAACUCCAUUUCCAAAAAAGUUGAGAUAUUUUCUAAAAUGCAAUAAAAACAAAAAUCUGUGAUAUGUUAAUUCACGUGAACCUUUAUUUAACUGACAAAAGAACAAAGAAAAGAUUUUCUAUAGUUUUACUGACCAACUUAAUUGUAUUUUGUAAAUAUACACAAAUUUAGAAUUUGAUGGCUGCAACAGACUCAACAAAAGUUGGGACAGAGUUAAAAUAAGAUUGAAAAGUGCACAGAAUAUUCAAGUAACACCGGUUUGGAAGACUCCACAUGAAGCAGGCUAAUUGGUAGCAGGUUAAAAACGAGAAGGAAUUUGUCUCCACGAAUCUCAGAUACGGCACGGCAGUUUUGCUGUCUCUGUCCCGAUAUUUAAGAAGUGGAGCAAGGGAUUCAAUCGACCAUCCUUCCUGCUCAGACUGUGGGAAUGGUUUCACUCGGUUAUCUCAGUUGAAGGUACAUCAGCAAGUUCCCACUGGGCAAGGCCAUUCAUCUGUUCUGUGUGUGAGAAAGGAUUCUGUCGGGCAUCCCACCUGCGGACAGACCAGUCCGAUCACACUGGGCUGAGGCUGGUCAUCUGCUGAAUUUCAGGGAAGGGAUUCUCUCGGUCAUCUGACCAAAUGGCACACCAGCAAGUUCAUACCGGGAAGUGGCCAUUCACCUGCUCAGACUGUGGGAAGGGAUUCACACAGUCAUCCACACUACAGAUUCAUCAGCGAGUUCACACUGGGGAGAAGCCAUUCACCUGCUCAGACUGUGGGAAGGGAUUCACACUGUCGUCCCACCUACAGAGACACCAUCGAGUUCACACUGGGGAGAAGCCAUUCACUUGCUCGGUCUGUGGGAAGAGAUUCAGUGAGUCAUCUGACCUACUGGUACAUCAGCGAGUUCACACUGGGGAGAGGCCAUUCACCUGCUCAGUCUGUGGGAAGGGAUUCACUCAGUCAUCCAACCUACUGGUACAUCAGCGAGUUCACACUGGGGAGACGCCGUUCACCUGCUCAGUCUGUGGGAAAGGAUUCACACUGUCAUCCCAACUACAGAGACAUCUGCGAAGUCACACUGGAGGGAAGCCAUUCACCUGCUCAGACUGCGGGAUGAGAUUCACUUGCUCAUCUAAACUGAAGGUACAUCAGAGAGUUCACACUGGGGAGAAGCCGUACACCUGCUUAGACUAUGGGAAGGGAUUCACUCAAUCAUCCAACCUACUGGUACAUCAGCGAGUUCACACUGGGGAGAGGCCAUUCACCUGCUCAGUCUGUGAGAAGAGAUUCACUUGCUCAACAAAACUGAAGGUACAUCAGCGAGUUCACACUGGGUAGAAGCCGUUCACGUGCUCAGUCUGUGGGAAAGGAUUCAGUCAGUCGUCCCAAUUACUGGCACACCAGUCAGUUCACAAUGGGGAGUGGCUGUUGUUAUGAAUCCCUGGGUUUUGUUUGCUGUGGACUGUCAUUUUAAGAGAGAGAACAGAUUAAGAAGGUGUAUCAGUCGGCCUUGCAGCUUGUUUACAUCGCUCACAACUUGUUUAGUUUUAACCGAGGACACAGACACUCAGAGUCAGACGGAGACGAAGGAGGAAAAAUGAAAGGAUCAAAACCAGGGAACUAAAGGCCAAGGGUCAAUCUUUGGAACUUUCCUAUGCCCACAAGUGUGGGUUAGUUAUCGAUUCAUCGUACAUCGAACGUGUGGUGGUCACCUCGUUUGAUCCAUAGGAGUGGAUCUGAUUUGGGGUAUCAUGUGAAGACCACUGAUGUGUUGACCCUUGCCUGGGUGUGGUGACGAUACACCUUGUGACAAUUUGCUUUUGGUGAUAAUUCGUAUUUGGAUUUGGAAUGACGAUGGAUUAAAUCUACAGCGAUUAUUCUCUCGCUUUACCACCAUGGAACCUGUGGAAUUCAACAUAAUUGCCUUCUCUUGACAUUUACCCCGGAUUACAAAUAUCUCCCUCAUCACCUAUUGCGUGGAUGAACUGAGCUUUCAUACUUUACUAUCUCAAGACUCCAAGCCUUGUUUCCCCCGAGCUCAGUAGUUUGGGAGUUAUAUUUACACACAUUUAUUCAAA